GUUCACAUCAAACGCAUAAUCUAUUCACUGGUUGUCUGCAGCAGAGUUAGCUGACCCAAGUGACUCGGAGACGCGAUUGUACCAGGACACCAAGCAGAAGACCAGCCAUAUACAAGGAUCAGGCCCAAGACUGUGUUCAGACGUGUUAAAAAAUAAGGCCUAAUAACAUACACGCGUGACAAUGCAUUCAAUUGCAUUUACUGCAGUAUGUUUAGUCAUUUGUUCGUGUCUGCGAUCAACUACUUAUGGCUAUAAAGUUCUGGUUGGAAACAGCGACUGUUUGCUAAAGGUGGCCGAUAGCGACGCACCCAAAAUGCCCAUACCGUUCACGAGCAACGGCAAGCGGUACGCUAUCAUCUAUCCGGACGCCAAAGGCAGGCUGAACGUGAAGAGCGGACGUAGUUUCAAGCUGUCAUGCGGUACUUCCAAAUUCGCGUCGGACGCGAUACGGCGUGAAGGCAGCGCCGAUGCGUUGGUCACGUGCGUCGGCGACGACGAACUCACAUACCGCGGAAAGACGUACCGGUACGCGGAUUUCCGGUGCGAUGGCAUGCCCAAGUCGGAACUUCGGGUCACCGGCGACCUGUGCCAGUCGGCCAACUACACCGUGGCCGCGGUAGGUUUCCAGACCGAUCGAGCGUUCCUUCAGCUGUACAGCAUGUGCUUCGACAAAUCGACCAAGAACAGCCUGUACUCGUGGUAUGACGCCCGGGCGCCGUACUACGACAAUCACCAGAAGUACAGCAAGCGACCGGCCUUCAUCAAUUCCAAGGAGUUGUACGGCAAAACAGACGUGAACAAGAAAUACACUUUCAAAGAACAGAAAAAAACGGUGGCGCAAAUUCUCAGAUCGGACAAACUUGCAGAUAAGUACAUAAGAAAUGAUAACCGCCACUCGCUAUCCCGCGGCCAUUACACAGCCAAAGCUGACUUCUUCUUCGCUUAUGAACAAACUGCAACGUUUUACUACGCGAACGUAGCCCCGCAGUGGCAGAUCUUUAACGGCGACAUGUGGGCCGAUCUGGAGCAGUCGACCCGGUCCAAGUUGGACAAGGACAACGGCACGUCCAGGCACGUGAUCGUCACCGGCACGUACGACGUGUGCACGCUGGCCGACGUGGACGACGUCCAGCAACCACUGCACCUCGACCUGCCCGACAGCAUACCCGUGCCGCUGUUCUACUGGAAGCUGUACUACGACGUGGACGCGGCGGACGGCAUCGUGUACAUCGGUCUCAACAACCCGUACAAGAAGAUCGACGACAGCGUGUACUUAUGUCCGAACAUAUGUCCGGACGGAUACCAUGGACGCGGUUACCAGGACAACGGUCACGCGAACGACGACCCCGAACCGGACGCCAACAAUGGGCUCAUCUACUGCUGUACCAAAGAGUCGUUCGAAAAGGUUUACGGCGAGCUGGACCCAAUCGUGUAUCGACCGCUAAUGUGAUCGGAAAACCCGAAACCCCAACUACGACAUCGCAUAUACUAUAUAUUAUAGUUACCUACUUAUACCUAAACAUUAUCCGUUGACGUUUUGGCGAUGAUGGACGACAUAAAAGCUUUUUUCGUCUCUUUUCAAUGGACAUAAGCAUAUUGUUACAAUCAUUAUCGGUCGACAAAAAAUGAAUACGUUACAUAUUAUUAUUAAAUACCUACCUAUCUAAUUAUAGCAAUUAUAUCGUUACACCUUUGUAUAGUAAAUUAAUACAGUGUAUUAUUAUUAAAGAAUAUUUAAGGAGUUAUUAAA